AUGCCUCAGGACAUGCCCCCUGUUGGCGGCUACCAGGCCGUGCAGUACAAGCCGGAAGAGGGGGAUCGCGAUUGGGACAGCGGAUGCGAUGGGACGGUAUCGGACUGGCAAGAGGAGGAACUUGAAGGGCUGUUCGCCGCGGGAGCCAUAUCGUCAGGAUUGGGGAGCGUUCGCAACCUGCCCUCCCGUGGCUUCCGCCCCGGCACCAUGUUGCUCGGUAUGGGACUCGUGAUGGGAUACGGAUGGUACCACCUGAUCAAGGGUAUCCGGGAAGCCAACGAGCUCGCAAGAGAAAAGAUGUGGGCGCGCAUCCACCUCAUCCCGCUCCUCCAGGCUGAGGAGGACCGCGACCAGGUCCGCAGGUAUUACGCCGACCAGGCGAGAGAGAAGGAGCUGCUCGGCGAGAACACCAAGGUCUACCACAACGACAGGUUUGUCCAUCCCUCAGCAAAGCCCUUCAGAGGUCUACGGGAAUACGAGAAGAUGCUAAUGGGGGUAUGCUACAGAUUUGUGCGUCCUACCUUUGCUGUUGUGCCGCAAAACAAGUCUUAA